AUGAGUAUUUCUAAUGGAUUCCUACAGAGAAUUGCACUGAGUGCUGCUGAGAAGCAGCGGCUCUACCGUGCCAGACGUGAUGCAGAUGAGAACAGGAAACAGCAAUACCUACAAAAAGAGAGAGAAAAGUGGGGGAAAGAUACAGAAACAGGAAAGAAGAAAAGGCAGAGAGAUCGCAGACUCGGACCGGAGUCUUCAGUCUUCGCGGGAUCAGUGAGGACACGGACCGGAGUCUUCAGUCUGCGCGGGAUCAGUGAGGACUCGGACCGGAGUCUUCAGUCUGUGGAGGAGCUCAGAUGUCCUGUGUGUCUGGAUGUCUUCAGUCAGCCUCUCAUGUUGCAGUGUGGACAUUCCUACUGCAGGUCCUGUGUGCGCUCCAUGACCAUGGACCUGCUGGGUCAGCUGCAGUGUCCUGUGUGCCGCUGCGUGGUGGAUGGAGACAAUCCACCACCCAACGUCAGUUUGGCUCGACUCAUUGAGGCUCUACAGGACGGGAACCUCUCAGGCGGCACGCAGCCCGAGCUGUGUCCUCAGCACCACAAUCCUCUCAGCCUUUACUGUGAGGAUGAGCGAGCAGUGAUCUGUGGCGUCUGUGGGAGCAUCGGCACUCACCGUGGACACAAAAUCACGCCUGUGAGCGCUGUCUACAGCCGCAUGAAGGAGGACAUUGCCAGUCUGAUGACUGCAUUUCAGAGCCAGAGGUGAGAACUGGAGGACCAGAUCUGUAAAACAUCUUAUAACAACUCCAGAAUCAUUAACGAAUCUGAUGUCUUGAAGUGGGUUGUUCGGAAAGAGUUUGGUGACCUGCGGCGCUGCCUGGAGGUGGAGGAGGCGGGGUUUAUACAGCAGGUAGAAACCUCAGCCGCCGCUCUCAUCUCAACACUGCAGACCCAGACCGAGCAGCUGAACCACCAUCUGGCUCGGCUGCAGGAGGCCCAGACCACCUUGCAGGACCUGAGCAAUGAGGGUCACCCGGACUUCAUAGUGAAAUACGGCUUCAUUGCUCCAAGGUUCAGAGAAAGUCAGAAGCUUCAGCAGAGGGAGGAGAGAAUCUUCAGCUCCGUCACCUUCAAACCAGGAUUCAACCACAGCAACAUUAAACUGAGUGUCUGGAAGCGACUGCAUCGCAAAGUGCUGCCGGCCCCAGAGCUGCUGAAGCUCGACCCUCAGACAGCUCAUCCCAUGCUGGAGCUCCUGCACGGGGACACUGUGGCAUCCUGUCGGCCGCUGCUCCACCGGCUUCCUGAUAAUCCUGAGAGGUUCAGCUACAGCUACUGUGUCUUGGCCACUCAUGGCUUCUCCUCUGGGAAACACUAUUGGGAGGUGGAGGUCUGCAAUAAACCAAAGUGGCGUCUUGGUGUGAUCAAGGGAACAACCAAUCGGAAGGCAAAGCUGGUGAAGAGCCCAGAGAGUGGCGUGUGGUUGAUUGGACUGAAGGACGGCAUCUAUGAGGCCUUUACGUCACCCAGGGUAACCCUACCUGUAUCAACCCCACCGCGUCAGGUUGGUGUCUUCCUGGACUAUGAAGGUGGAGCUCUGACCUUCUAUAACAGUGACAGUCCUGAUGAACUGGGCUUCAUUUACUGCUUCAGACUGGAACUGCAGGGAAAGGUCUACCCACUGCUUGAUGUCUGUUGGCACAAUCGAGGAGACAACAAAGACCCCCUGGUCCUCCUCCAGUCUCAGACCAACCCUCUGCCUGCCUUGGCCCAGAAGAACUGAAAUCUCUCUCCAACACAUGGAUCGAUUUGUCAGCCGUAUUCCUGCUCUGAUUGAUAAUAAAUGUGUAAAGUUUUCAUUCAGUUUCACUCAGCUGAGUCU